GUGAGUCCCUCAGCUGAGUCGGGCGGCGGAGAGGGGACGCCGGAGUCGCGCAACAAGAGCCAGGCGGAGGCCGGCUGUUCUCUCCCCCUGUCUAGCGGCGCUUUCUCGCUACAUUGUCCGCCCCGCAGGAGUAUAAUGCAGCAGCAUCCUGGCAACUGUGCCCAUUCCAAGUACUGUCUCAAGUGCAGCUAUUUUGUUCUUUAAUCAAGGGACCAGAAAAGCAGUGCUCAAGCAGACUUUGACAAUGGGUCGGAUUUUCUUGGAUCAUAUCGGUGGCACUCGCCUGUUUUCCUGUGCCAAUUGUGACACAAUCUUGACUAACCGCUCAGAGCUCAUAUCUACCCGUUUCACAGGAGCUACAGGAAGAGCCUUCCUUUUUAACAAGGUGGUAAACUUGCAGUACAGUGAAGUGCAGGACCGGGUGAUGCUCACUGGCCGCCACAUGGUUCGCGAUGUGAGCUGCAAGAACUGCAACAGCAAGCUAGGCUGGAUCUAUGAAUUUGCCACUGAAGACAGCCAGCGCUAUAAGGAAGGGCGUGUUAUCUUGGAAAGAGCUUUGGUCCGAGAGAGUGAAGGGUUCGAGGAGCAUGUUCCAUCCGAUAACUCCUGAAUGGAUACGUCCUUGUCUUCAGGCUUUCUCUGUUAAAACUUUAAAAAAGAGAAAAAUCAACAAAAAAAUCUACUUACAUACACUGUCACCUUAGCAUCAGCGUUGGAUUCGUAAACUACAGAGUGGGAAAGAUUGUGAGAGAAUUUCAGAUGGAAUGUUCCAUUUCUUUUCUCUUCUUCUUUUUUGCCCCCUUUCUCUUCAGGAGUAUAAAGAGAAUGUACUAUGGAUGCUGUAACUUUGUUUUCUCUCUUGCAGUCUCAGAUAUGUGAGCCUUCGCAGUUAGGAACCAUCUGAAAGUUAAGUGAAUUUAGAAGAGAAAUCAGUGGGAUUUUAGUUUGCAAAAACCCUGUUUCAUCAGAAGGAAGUUUUUAGUCUAGCAAUACCUUUUUAAGUUAUUUUGUGUUUGUCUUUAAUUUUAAUUUGUUUUUAGCAAGACUUUUCACCCGAUCUGCUGGUUUAAGAAGAGAUCUGAUUUUGUGAUGAAUGCUAAAGGUCCAGUGUUUAGUCCAGUUUGUGCUGGCCGUUGAUUCAUAUUCUUGGUGGGGUUUGUUGGUAGUACAGAGCUUGUGCUUGUCUGUCUCAUUUUUUGUUACCCAAAUAAGUUGUCAUUCCUCAUUUAAACAUCUUUUCAACCAUUUGAUUAGUGUUGAUUUCUUUUUUAAAAAAAAAAAAAAAACAGGGCAAAAUGCUUCUCUCGCUCCAUUUUCCAGUUGUAACUUACACAAUAAUAUAAGUAAGUGACUGUUAAGUCUUGUGUUGCUUUAUGUUGGUAGUGAUGGAGGAAGAACAGUUAACUCUUGCUGAAGCAUUUUUUUCAUUUCCCCCCCCUCUUGGCUGACCUCUAAAAGAGUUUCAAUUUUUCUACUUAAUCUUACAGCUUUUUUCCUGUAACCUUUCGCUUUGCAUUUUAAAAAAUGUGGGCCAUAAGAAAGAAGGGCAUGCCAGCAUGUGCAGACAUGCAUACAGCCAGGCAUCAAAUCUGCAUCUGUUUAAAUGGCUAACAACUUGUCCUCAAGUGCUGCUUCUGAUGUCAGAGCUCUUAGUUGCAUCUUACCAUUGUGGUGCUGCGCCUUUACUGUUUUCACCAGCACAACAAGCUUAUCUGCCAAGUAGCUGACCUGGUGCUUCCUGUAGCAGUUACUUGUGUUGAAAUCUUGCUCUUCUGAGCAAACCUUCUGUAGACUCUCUUUAAUCAGCGAUGCCCAAACAUUGCUACCAGUAUGUCCUGCCAAGUUGUUACUGUGAUCAUUUUUGGGAACCUAAGACCUGUAUUCUAGAGGAUUAAUCACAAUGUUGUACUUUUCUUGUAAUUGCUAGGUAUUUUUAGGCAAGGUGUUUGCCUUACUAAAAUGGAUUCUUAAAGAUCUGAUAGUAUUAAAUUCCUGCGAAUGAACAAGGAAUGCAAACAGGGCAUCAGUUUACCUUGAAAAAUAAUGGUCAUAACUACAGUCCUAACUGCACUUGCGUAAGCUUAGAGUAGGGUAGUCUGUCUGUGCAAGUGCCUUUAGGAUGCUGUCCCACAAGCCACCCCUCCCCAGAUGUGACUUGCAACCUAGAAGGGGGGGAGCUGUGGUUAUGCCAUUCACACUCCUCAGAUAGGGUUGUGUUUGGUUUAUUUUGUUCAUUUGAGUUGCAGUUUGGGCAGCCGUGUUAGCUUGAACUUUAAGUAGCUUUAAUAUGCAACUUAGAAGGAAAACAUGUAGAUUUGUGUCUUGGGGCUGAGUUGAAUCAGGAUGCUUGAAUAAUAGUGUGCUUGUGCCUCAGAUGAGUAAACUUUUAGUAGAUCAGCAUUCUGUUAUACGGAGUAUUUCACUAACCUGGCAACUUCUCAUUGGCACAGUCGUUGAUGUACUCUACAUGUAUUUUGGUGUUGCAGUACAAUAAAGUAUGUUUUGUCCUGCAUUUUCUGACCAUAUGAUUCACUUCUUCAAAUGUACCCCUUGAACCUCUAUGAAUAAA